UACCGGAAACCAUGUCCAUCUUCCAGCUUUUUUAAUAGUAGUACUCCUCCCCGGCCCCUCCCUUCCUUCUACCAGCUGAUUCUUUCUUAUAUAUCAUUUUAGUUUUUGUAGAGAUCGAGGGAAGCUUUUGCAUCAAGCUCAAAGCAUUGCCAAGAUUAUAACAUGGGAAGAGCUCCUUGCUGUGACAAAGCAAACGUCAAAAAAGGCCCAUGGUCACCAGAGGAAGAUGCCAAACUCAAGUCGUAUAUAGAGAAGAAUGGCACCGGGGGUAACUGGAUCGCUUUACCCCAAAAGAUCGGCCUUAAGAGGUGCGGAAAGAGUUGCCGCCUUAGGUGGUUGAACUACCUCCGCCCAAAUAUCAAGCACGGAGGUUUUUCAGAAGAGGAAGAGAAGAUAAUUUGCAGCCUCUUUAUCAGCAUCGGAAGCAGGUGGUCUAUUAUUGCUGCACAGUUACCCGGAAGAACGGAUAAUGAUAUAAAGAAUUACUGGAACACAAGGCUGAAGAAGAAGCUUCUUGGCAAGCAGAGAAAAGAACAACAGGCUCGUAGAUCAGGUAGCAGCCUAAAGCAGGAAAUGAAGAGAGGGGGUGGGAAUUCCAUGGUUCCUGAUAACAAUAUUAACCAAAACCCUUACUGGCCAGAGCUGCCUGUGCUGGCACCCAUACCAUACUCAAACCAAGAACCUCGUUUUAACGACCAUGCUUCUAUCAGAAAAUUACUCAUCAAACUUGGAGGAAGAUUUUCUGAGGUUGAUCUGCCAAUCCAUCAGGAGCCAAGUACUCUUCAAUUCACAAAUGAUAUUUCCGCCACUGAACAAAUAUAUCAGGCUGUGAAUAUGCCCAGUACUACUUCUCCCAUAUAUACACUAAACAGCAAUGGCAAUCAAUUUGCACAAGCCCAGUCCUAUUUUGAUGGGGCAGAAUUAAAUGCGCUGCAAGGACAAAGCAGUUUUCCAGCAGAACUCGAGGAAAUCGGAUACAACAAUCCACAGGGAGUAGAUGGGCUAGAAUUCUUAUGUGGGGAUGACAUGGUCGAUAAUAUAAUUGGCACUAGCAGUACUUCUGGUGGAAGUAACGUUUGGGGGGAGAUGAGGACUCUGGUUUAUCCUCCAGUACUACUAGCUUCCAACCAUGAAGGUAUGCAACAAGGGACACUACAGGAAUGUGCUUUUGAAGAGUUGAGGUACCCUCAUGCAAAUUAAGGUUCUGUACAUGGUAAAAUGUCUAGCAAUAUAUAUAUAUAUAAUAGGAAAGUGGUGUUGGAUUCUCAGAGAAAACCCUAAUAAACUCAUCAAUUGUCAUAUGUUGCUUUUUGUAUGCUUGUGGAUCUAUAUCCAUGGUGACUAUAAUUUGUCUACUAUA